AUGGCGUGCCAUUGCCUGAGCACGCGCCGAGCAGCCUUCCAGCCUGGCCUUCGGAAAUCCUCUGCUCUGCCUGCUCCUCCUGAUGCCCACGCCAGGCAGCGGGGUGCAUCCAAACCACCCAAGAAGGAGAUGCAGAGACAUUACUUUCUCCUGCCAGUCCAGUCCCCAAGUUUGGCACAGGCACACUUCACUGACCAGGAGAUCACACUGACAACCAUUGGCUACGGAGACAAAACUCCUCUUACUUGGCUUGGGAGGCUGCUUUCUGCAGGAUUUGCUCUACUUGGCAUUUCCUUCUUUGCACUACCUGCUGGCAUCCUUGGCUCGGGAUUCGCAUUAAAAGUGCAGGAACAGCAUCGUCAGAAACACUUUGAGAAAAGAAGGAAUCCAGCUGCGAGUCUAAUUCAGUGUGUAUGGCGUAGUUAUGCGGCUGAUGAGAAAUCGGUUUCCAUUGCUACCUGGAAGCCUCAUUUGAAGGCCUUGCAUACCUGCAGCCCUACAAAAAAAGAACAAGGGGAAGCUUCUAGCAGUAAGCUUUGUAGUAAUAAAGAGAAGCUCUUCAGGAUGUACACCCCUCGGAAACAUAGUCAAAAGCUAAGUUUUAAGGAGCGGGUCCGGAUGGCCAGCCCACGAGGUCAGAGCAUAAAGAACAGACAGUCUUCAGUUGGAGAUCGCCGGUCACCAAGUGCCGACAUUGCCACAGAGGGCAGCCCAACCAAAGUCCAGAAGAGCUGGAGCUUCAACGAUCGAACCCGCUUCAGACCCUCGCUGCGGCUGAAGAGCUCACAGCCCAAACCCAUGGUCGAUGCUGACACCAGUCUUGGUACGGAUGAUGUUUAUGAUGAUAAAGGGUGUCAGUGUGAUGUGUCAGUAGAAGAUCUCACCCCUGCUCUUAAAACUGUCAUCAGAGCAAUCAGAAUUAUGAAAUUUCAUGUUGCAAAGAGAAAGUUUAAGGAGACGCUUCGUCCAUAUGAUGUCAAAGAUGUCAUUGAACAGUAUUCAGCUGGUCAUCUAGAUAUGUUAUGCAGGAUUAAGAGUCUUCAAUCACGCGUUGACCAAAUUCUUGGGAAAGGACAAAUCACAGCAGAUAAAAGAAGUAGAGAAAAGAAUCCUGCAGAGAAUGAGACAACUGAUGACCUCAGUAUGUUAGGGCGUGUAGUCAAGGUGGAGAAACAGGUACAGUCCAUUGAGUCAAAACUGGACUGUCUAUUAGAUAUCUAUCAACAAGUUUUGCGAAAAGGAUCUGCCUCCGCGCUCACGUUGGCUUCAUUUCAAAUGCCGGCUUUUGAGUGUGAGCAGACUUCUGAUUACCAGAGUCCAUCGGACAGCAAAGAUUUGUCUAAUUCUGCACAAACGAGUGGAUGCGUAUCCAGAUCAGCUAGUGCCAAUAUGCCUCGUGGCCUACAGCUUAUACUGACACCAAAUGAAUUUAGCACUCAGGCUUACUAUGCUUUCAGUCCAGCUAUGCAUAGUCAAGCGACGCAAGUGCCAAACGAUGGACCUACAAUGGUUAAUAACACAUCAAACCAAAUAAACCAGGCCACUAAGCCAGCAACCCCAACAACAUUACAGAUACCACCUUUCUCAUCAAUGAAGCAUAUCAGCAGGCCUGAGCCCGUUCAUAUUAUUCCUGUAACCACACAGGAAAAUAUUUCCGACGUCACCGCUUGCCUUGUUGCUUCGAAGGAUAACGGACAAGUUGCACAGCCCGGUGCGGCGAAGGAUCUCGCGUGGAGAAAAGGUCUGGAUACAGAAGGGGAACCUUUGCUCUCAGUUAAACCUGUGGUGCAAAUGGAUUUAGGAAAAUCUUUAUCUGUACAAAACCUUAUACAAUCAACAGAAGAACUGAAUGUACAGAUCUCUGGCAGUGACUCCAGUGGUUCCAGAGGUAGCCAAGACAUAUACUCCAAAUGGAGGGAGUCAAAAUUAUUUAUAACUGAUGAAGAGCUGGAGACAGAGGCAGGAACAGAGACUACUGAAGCCAUCUCGCGCCCGUUAGUGGAAACAACUCUCUCUGCUGACUCUCUGAGGACUGGAAUAUCAAAAUCAUCUCAAAGCAUCUGCAAGCCAGGGGACGGUACAGAAGCACUCAAUCUCCUCCAUGUCAAACUUAAAUAAGAGCUCGUGGGCUUUCUUCAUUGGCUGGAUCAUUCCUCUAGUCAUACAUAUCAUAGCAUGAACUGU